AUGCCGAGGUCUUUCCUGGUCAAGAGCAAGCGCGCGCACAGCUACCACCGGCCGCGCGCGCUGGACGAGCCGUGCCACGCGCUGGACACGAUCCUCGCGCACGUCAAUCAAGAGUCCAGGGGUCCCAUGGGGGUCCUGCUCCAAACCCCCCUCAGCCCUGUGUCCUGCAGCCCCCAGAGCUGUGAGCCCUGUGACCAGUGGAGACCCCCAUCACCAUCAUCAUCACCAGACUCUGAGUCCUGCUCCGCUCUGGCUGCAGACGAGGGCCCCCUGCACCCGUCUCUGUUCCCCUGCACGUGGCCCUUCUCCGGGUCAAACAUCUCUCACUUAAUGCGCGGAUCGUACCACCCGCGCUUCACUGCGGGGGGCGGUGCCCUGGACUACAGCGUGGAGAGGGGGUCAUACCAGGACCACGCCCCCAGACCCUCAUCAGAGAUCAAGACAGAGGCCGAGUUCACCGCCGCAGAAUACAACGGGACGUACAAGUGCAUCAAGUGUAGUAAGGUUUUCUCCACUCCUCACGGCCUGGAGGUGCACGUGCGGCGCUCUCACAGCGGCUCGCGACCGUUUGAAUGUGGCGUCUGUGGGAAGACGUUUGGCCACGAGGUCAGUCUGGACCAGCACCGAGCCGUGCACUCCCAGGAGCGCAGUUUCAGCUGUAAGAUCUGUGGGAAGAGCUUCAAGCGUUCGUCCACUCUGUCCACUCACCUCCUCAUCCACUCGGACACUCGGCCGUACCCCUGUCAGUUCUGUGGAAAGAGGUUCCACCAGAAGUCGGACAUGAAGAAGCACACGUUCAUCCACACAGGAGAGAAGCCUCACAAGUGCCAGGUGUGUGGGAAAGCCUUCAGUCAGAGCUCCAACCUCAUCACGCACAGUCGCAAACACACCGGCUUCAAACCGUUCGGCUGCGACCUCUGCGGCAAAGGCUUCCAGCGCAAAGUGGAUCUGCGGAGACACAAGGAGACGCAGCACGCCCCCAAGUGA